AUGUGGAGUAAAACCGCAUCAAGCGCAGUUUUGCAGAAUCCUAAUCAACACAACACGCUAGUGGCAUGGUCAUCGUCAUCGGUCGACGACCUUCAUUCACCUAAAGCAUCAGCGCUAUCAUCGUCGUCACCCAAAAUAUCGCAUCUUAGAACAAGUUUCGACUCUGCUCUACCAUCACCUACUGUGCAUAAUGACGUCAUUGCUUCGUUACCAAAUUGUGUGGUUGAGUCGGCCAGGCGAGCAUCUGUGCAUGAUGGAAGUUUUGUCAAUCUCGCUAAAGCGCCAGGUGAUGUGUCCAUGAGUCCGCACCAGUUAAUACUAUGUUUGUCAGCAGCUAGCAAAAAGCUUUCAGUGAAUAUAUGUCGGGGAAUACAAUUACGAAUUUCUGAACUGAAAGAUGCGAUCGAUAAAGGGCGGAUCUCAGAACGAUGUCUAAAAAGUCUCAAUUAUGUUGUCGAUUCUAUCGAUCGAGAACAGUAUGAAGAUGCGCAAAAUUUCUAUGAACGUCUACGGGCUGAAUUUCCGAGUGAAAUGGGCCCAUGGGCACAGCAAGGCAUUCGACUAUUGAUUAGUGAGCUUCGACGACCGGCUUCGAGGAUUGGAUCUGCAGGGCAUGUCAGGACACAAUGA